AUGUUUGAUCUAAUUGUGCGCUGCAGAGAAUUCAGUGAUUUUACACUAAGAGUUAAUGAGAAGCGUUUGCUGAACGCGCUAAAUGAUACGCCAUUAAGAUUUCCCCGCCUCGGGCGUAUCAAAACACGUGAGGAUAAAAUUUCAUGCUUGUUGCAAGCGGUACUUGGAAAUAUACCGAUCGCCUUCCCGACUUUGGCGCAGGAAUCGUUGAAAAUGUUACGCAUCGGUGAUCGCAUUGCUAAAUGUCUAAUGGAGUAUAUGCGCUUGUCGGAGCAUCAAGCGCAUGCAUUGCAUUUGGGCCGCUACAAGGCGUUAUUGCAUACCGUGACAAUCGCGAAAUGCUUCCACGCCAAGCUGUGGGAAAACUCGGAGUAUGCAGCGAAACAAUUGCAGAAAAUCGGUGCCGUUUACUCAGCUCAGCUGGUGUGUGCUGGGAAAACUACAUUGAAAUCAUUGGGAGCGACAGACGCGCGCACCAUUGAAGCGAUACUGAACAAAUCAUAUCCCUUUGGCGAUGAGAUAUUGCAAAAUUUGCAACAAACCUUCCCUGAAUAUUCCCUACAAUUGACGCGAGAUUCACAAAGUCUGGUGCGCGUCUGUGUGCGACAAGUUAAUGGGGCUUACAUUUGUCAUGGUAUAAAUGCCUUGCUUAUUGUUGGUGAUUCCGAGAAUCAGCUGCUGCUCUUCAUUGAAGAUCUCGAUUCAUUGCUUUUGGAGUACGGUUGUUUUAUGAAAACCAUUAAAUUACCAAAUCCUGAUGUUGAGCAGCUGUAUGCACAUGUAAUUCAUGCUACAUUAGUUGGGGCUGAUGUGCACGAGACAUUAAUUUUAAACGAACGUGUCAUGGAAUCAACAAUUGUAUCAAAUUCAAAAAAGUCCAAAAAACGAAAACAACAAACAAGGGUAACUGCUAAAUGCAACAAAAAAGUAAAACCAAACUUAUCCAAGACUAUUAGUACAAUUUGCGAUACAACGACUAACAGCACAUUGGCAAACAAAAAUAAACUUUCCUUAAAUUUAAAAAGCUUUACUUUUUCAAAAUCAAAACUUAGUAACGACGCCAUUAAAUUGAAGGCAGUUAAAGUGGAACAACACUUUGCACAGAGUAAAAUGAAUUGCGCAAAGUAUCUUAAUAUAACGGAUACUACCACAAAUGAAGAAUCAUUUAAUACUACAUAUAAACAAUCCAAUAACAAUUCAACGCUCGUGCAAAGUAAAUUAACGCAAUAUUUCACACAAAGGAAGCGUGUUAAGGAUAAAUCGUUAACUAUGCUAACAGAGCGAAGUGCUGAUGAAUGUGCCGUUAGCCACAUGCAAGACAAAUCCGAAGUAACUCUAGAUAGAACGCUAGAUACGACUUUGUUAAAAUACCAGAGACUUCUAAAGCAACGUGAUCUCGAUUUUGACAAAUUAAGGGAAAGCCAGGGUAAACAAGAAAGUGAACGAGAUUUAAUAGUUAUCAAUAAUGCACCAGGUCAAAAAACGUCGGAUACAGUAGAAAUUACAAAGCCUGGUGCUGAAGAGUGUGCUAAACUACCAAUUUACGAAGCAGAACCAAAAAAUGAACAGAAACCUACAGUGCAGCCUUCCCUUCGUGCAACAACACCAGAAUUACACGAUCUUUCUGCGUUCUUGGAUACUCAGAAAUCAAGGCAAUCUAACGAAGAAACACAAAAGUCGAAAAACGCUGAAUGUCUUGAACUUUCUGCGUUCUUGGAUACUCAGAAAUCAAGGCAAUCUAACGAAGAAACACAAAAGUCGAAAAACGCUGAAUGUCUUGAACUUUCUGCGUUCUUGGGUACUCAGAAAUCAAGGCAAUCUAACGAAGAAACACAAAAGUCGAAAAACGCUGAAUGUCUUGAAAUUUUGACAAGCUGUCUAGUAGCAGAUUGUAGUAUUUUAAAUGGUACACAAAAUUCUCUGCUGUUGAAUACACAAAACACGAGAUCUAGUAGUGAAGAAGUACAAAAUAAUAACCCCGUUAAAAGCACUGAAAAACCAACACUAAGAAAGGCACCAAUUUCAUUUCUCGACAUUACGAAGAAUAAUGAACAACUUUCAAGCUUUUUCGACAAGCCAAAAGAUAAAACAAACAAUUCGUUCGACUCCUCAGUGUCAAAUUCAAGAAUAUUUAACUGCGGCGUCUCCAAUAUGAUGCAAAAAGAAUUUGUCAGAGGUAAGGCUAUGUCAACUAAUAACGAAAAGCCUUUAGAUCUAACAAGGAAAUCCAAUUAUUUAAUUAGCCCUUAUAAAAAGAAUGUCAAACAUUUAAAAGCUACCAAGUCAACACUAAUGUCUCAACAUACUCCGAACACAAACACUGUUAAAAGCGCAAAGGUCCCACGCGGUCAUCUGAAGUAUCCAGAAGAAGACAUCGGCGUCCUAGAUCUGUCACGCAGGUCUGAAACUAAUUUGAAUAUGUCGUGGUGCGACAGCAAAGCAGUAUACGAAGUGUCUGCUGGUAGCAUAACGCUGACCAGCAAAAGUUCCGAAGUUCCACUAAGGAACAGUCAAAAAAGUAUUGAGAAUUACAUACUUUGUUAUAAAGUAGCUACCGCUUAUGCGCGUCUCAGUGAAAAAGAACGUACAAUCGAGAAUUUUAAAACCCUUUACAAACGUGUGGGGCGCACCAGUUCCGCUAUAGAUUAUAUAACCUAUAAAUUGAGCCACAGUAGCAUUAGUCAUGAUGAGGAGCCGAAGGCAGUGCCAGUGCAGAAAUCAGUGACCAGACACUAUAUAAAGAGUGCCAUGGUAAAUUCUUUAGAAAAAAGUGAACUACCCUUGAACAUGUCUAAAAAGUUGAUUGUGGAAAAACAAGUGAAAAAUGUGCUAAAUAGUGAUAAUGUCAAAUCAACCGCACCGGUAUUACGGUCCAAAUUUACAAAAAUAAAAAAUAACGAAGAAAAAAUGUGCCCGAAACUUUCGAACGGGUCUAGAAAUCCAGAUACGUCGUCUAAGUUUCCAAAUCGUUAUCGCUUGCAGUUAAAUGAAGUGAAUAGUGAAGCGAAGAACGCUCAAUAUAUUAACAAUGAGGUGAUGCAUUUAGUGCUCAACAUGAAGUGUGACGCUAUUGUCGCUGAAGAAACAUAUCAAACUCUGCCAGAUUUGGAUUACAAAGCAAUCGAGCAAAAUAUACAACUCAACGAAACGCAAAGUUCGCCGAGUAUGUCAUUCGAGGAAUAUUGCAGCUAUGUACUUCAAACGCCGACUAAGUAG